AUGCAGUUAUUCAGGGCAGAUUCCACAUCAAUAUUAUGCGAUGCUUUCCGAAUCAUUCUCCUCUUUGCGCUGACGUCGUAUACUGGAGACUCCAGGGGCAACAAAUAUUUUUCCAGAGACGACUCCUUCGAGGGUACCGACAGAGAUGACAAUCCAAUGAAUUACGACUAUCAACGAGAGAACCUGAUGGAGGUCUUGGUCAUUGAUUGCAACAUUGAUCGUGUGAGUAAACUUACUGUUCCCAGGACCCUGAAAAAUGCAGAAGGGAGCUCCCUCCCUAACUGGCAUGUUCCCAUCGCAUACGCACCUACUGGAAAGGUGAAAGCCCACCAACCCAUAUUGAAUGGAAAUCUUCCCGACUUCAGAACCGAUGCGCAGGCAAAGAAAAGCCAAGGAAGACCGAAAGCCCAGAGGAUCAGCGCGGUCAUUGCGCCUACAACAUAUACUAUCGAGGCAGCAGAGCUAUCAUUCAACGUUUGGGUCUUCGAGAUAACAGUCUUUCCAGCUGUACCGAGUCUCACGGCCCUGAAAUAUGACAGGUUAGGUGUUGACUCAUUGAUGAACCUCAUCCUGGGGCCUUACGCAAAGGUGCCGGAUCCCAAAGGGCCCAUCGGCAAGAACACGCUCAUGAUCACUCCCUUGUGCGGCAAUUUGUGCACAGCAAGCCGUUGA